UCCACUAGAUGCAGGGUGAAAUAAAUGCAUCAAUAUUUUUUUUCAGGGUGAAGCAGGAGAAUCAGGAGUACCCGGACCUCAGGGAGAAGUGAGCCGGUAUCCGGGACAGGACGGAGAGAAAGGUCAGGUCGGAGAUCCUGGGCGGAUGGGACAGGAUGGAAAACCUGGUCGUCCAGGACUACCAGGAGAACAAGGAGAAACACCACCGGAGGGAGUUAAGGGCUUGGAAGGAGAACUAGGAGAAGAAGGAGAACCUGGACCUCAAUAUAUUUAUCAGUUCCCUAAACCCGAUAUCAACAUCAUCAAGGGGACCAAGGGGGACAAGGGACCCUACGGUCUACCAGGAGAACCAGGAGAACUAGGGGACCUAGGAUAUACAGGAAACAGGGGUGAGGAUGGAUACCCUGGGUACCAAGGAUCCAAGGGGGAAUACGGAGAAGUAGGAGCCAGGGGCAAACAAGGGAAGGAGGGGGGACCAGGACCUGUAGGGAUGAAAGGAGUUAAAGGAGCGCCUGGAAAGUUUGGCUUACCCGGGUUGGAUGGAAGAAAAGGGGAGGAAGGAGAUGAAGGUAUCCCUGGAAGACCUGGAGUACAGGGACCAGCAGGACCACCAGGAGAAUACGAUCCAAAUCUCAGGGAUAAAGGGGACACUGGACCAUAUGGACCUCAAGGGGACUAUGGAUUUCCUGGUGGACCUGGACUACCAGGAUUUCCUGGACGACCUGGCCUUCCUGGACUGAAAGGUAUUGUUGGACCACCGGGCAGACCUGGACCACAGGGGAAGCGAGGUAUCCCCGGACUAUCCAUAAAGGGGGAUAUCGGAUACGAUGGACCUAAAGGUUACGCUGGACCGGUGGGACGGAAGGGACCUGAUGGGUAUCCAGGGGUUCCUGGACAGAAGGGAUUAGCUGGAGAAACUGUGUUCGGACCACCUGGUCAGUCCGGGAUAGACGGAGAAAACGGACUGGAAGGAUUAAAGGGAGAUACCGGAGACUAUGGAGAUGCAGGAUUAAAAGGAUAUCCUGGAGUAUCCACUGCAUCCAGACCUAAGAUAGGACCGCCAGGUGAAAAGGGUAGACCAGGAUAUCCUGGUGAGAUGGGAUUACCAGGGAUGGAUGGGUUGCCUGGUAGGAAAGGAGACUCCGGAGAACAAGGAGAAGAUUGCGGAUACUGUCCCACAGCCGAACCUGGUGAAAUAGGAGACCAAGGAGAUGAUGGAAAACAAGGGUUCCCUGGAUCUCAUGGUUUCAUUGGUUGGCCUGGUCCCCGUGGUCCGAAGGGUGAACAAGGAAAAAUUGGUUCUCCAGGUUGGGUUGGACCAGUUGGUAUAUCCGGUCCACCAGGACUAGAGGGGAUACAGGGCAUGCCUGGAGAUAACGGUGAGGUUUACGGGAUGGAAAACAUAUCACCGGGAUAUCCGGGUCCUAAAGGAUACCCUGGUCUACCUGGCCUCAUGGGGAGCAAGGGACAGGUCGGAGAACCAGGUUUGACCGGAGGACCGGGUAUAAAAGGGAGAUCAGGAUACGAUGGGUCACCCGGCAGAUACGGAAUUCCAGGUCGGCAUGGAUUGCCUGGGUUCAAUGGUAGACAAGGAGAACCAGGAGAUACUAUCUAUCUGACACCAGAGGAAAGAUAUAAGUUCAGAGGGAGCCCUGGUAUAACUGGAAGUGACGGACCCAAAGGGAUGACAGGAGACAGAGGAGCGAAGGGUCAGGAGGGAGCUCUAGCUAUACCACUCACCAAGCUCGGAGAGAAGGGAGAUGUAGGAGAACCUGGUAUUCCAGGUAGCAGCUACUAUCCUGGAGAUCAGGGGAUUGCAGGAGAGAUAGGACCAAUAGGUGAUACCGGAGACAAGGGAGAGAAAGGGUUUAUUAGAUGGGGUAUCCCUGGUCAGGCUGGACCUAGAGGAGAACCUGGUAUACCUGGCAGGCCAGGACCACCAGGUCAAGAUGGACUUAAUGGACUUCCGGGACAACCUGGGUUUAAAGGAAGCUUGGGUGUAGGUGGGGAUCCUGGUAGAGAUAUUAUCCAGGGACGAACUGGAAACUCCGGAGAACCUGGAGAAAAGGGAGAACGAGGAGAACCAGGAUAUCUAGGUUACAAGGGGCUGCAAGGACGGGAUGGAUUACCUGGGAGUAAAGGAGCAAAGGGAGCUCCAGGUCCGGAGGGAUUGCCAGGACUCAAGGGGAUUCAAGGAGACGUGGGUUUGUCUGUAACUGGAGAUAUCGGAGUUAUUGGACCAGGGGGGAGACCAGGCUUACCUGGUCUUUACGGAGAUCAAGGGUUCCCCGGUAAACCAGGAAUACCUGGUCGAUCUGGACUUCCAGGUCUAAACGGAGAUAUUGGAAUGAUUGGUAGACGGGGGCAGCUGGGUGCAGAUGGGAUGGAUGGAGUUCCAGGAGGGACUGGGAAGAGCGGAGGUCUAGGGGUGGAUGGAAUACCUGGAGAACCUGGUCUAAGUGGAGAAACUGGGCUACCGGGGAAACAGGGUAAAGAAGGAGUUCCAGGAGCGUUUGGGAAUACAGGACCUAAAGGAGCUCCAGGAGAGGAGGGAUAUUCUGGAAACAUGGGAGAAUCCGGUAUUAAGGGACAACCAGGGGAAAAUGGAGAACCGGGAGCACCUGGACCCCUCGGGUUUCCAGGUAAUAAAGGAAUGAGGGGAAAUACCGGAAGCAUUGGUUUAAAAGGAAGUCCUGGAAAUUUUGGAUUGGAUGGACUACCAGGUCUAAAGGGACAACAAGGGAACCCAGGAACCGUUCUGCUGGGAGGAAAAGGUGUAUCUGGAGAACCAGGAGAAAAUGGAAUAGUUGGAGCUCGAGGACUACAGGGAGAGGUUGGAGAACCUGGAGAUUAUGGAGUAAAUGGACCUGACGGUAUGCCAGGUAUGGCAGGAAUGAAAGGAGCAAAUGGAUUUCCUGGAUUACCCGGAGUAAACGGACAAAAAGGGAUUCCCGGAGAACUUGGAAUGUUUGGAGAACCUGGAGCCAAGGGAGUUAAGGGAGAGCCAGGGUAUCCUGGUAUACCUGGAACAGACGGAUUUCCAGGUUCUCCGGGUAAAAGAGGUGCCCCAGGAGAUUAUGGACUUCCAGGAGCCAAGGGACCACAAGGAGAUACAGGACGGCCUGGAUUGACUCCAGGGGCUGAUAAAGGAGAACGAGGAAGUCCUGGUCUUCCAGGUCCUGACAGGUUUGAUGGUAGGAGAGGAGAGGAAGGGAGACAAGGUUCAAGAGGUACUCCUGGAGUAACAGGAGAGAAAGGAUUGAAAGGUGAUGUAGGCUAUGAAGGAUUGUCUGGUCGGAAAGGGGCUCCAGGAGAUAGAGGCAAGGUUGGAUAUCCCGGGAUUCCUGCUCCAAUAGCAGAACCUGGAGAGCUAGGAGAACCAGCUCCUGAUGGAGCACCUGGGAGAAACGGAAUAUAUGGAUUGAAAGGAUCUCCGGGUAUAUUUGGAACUGAAGGGUUUCCUGGACAGAAGGGAGCCAGGGGGGAUACAGUUCCGGGUGUAAAGGGAGAACAGGGAGAGGACGGAAUGGAAGGAAUGCCCGGAAGAUCUGGAGUUCCUGGACAACCUGGAGAAAACGGAGGAAUGGGUUUAUCAGGAGCUCCGGGUCUACAAGGAGAGCGUGGACCACCAGGAUUCAGCUUACGAGGACCUUCAGGAGAUACAGGAUUUCCAGGCUUACCCGGCCUUGACGGUAAGAAAGGAGAAGUGGGUGAGCAAGGGAACAGUGGGUUCGCUGGUUAUCCUGGACGUCCUGGACCCAAGGGAGAGAGAGGUGGACCCGGUGCAGCUGGGUUAAAUGGAGUUCCAGGAAUUCCAGGCGCCAACGGUAGACCAGGAAUUCCAGGAACGAAGGGUGACCAGGGAGAAACUGGAGUUUCCGGAUUGCCAGGGUUUCCUGGGAUUCAGGGACCAAUAGGACCCAUGGGUGUACCCGGAGUAGAGGGGUUAAAGGGGAUGCAAGGUUUAAGAGGGAGAAACGGAUUAGCUGGACUCAGAGGACUUCCUGGUAUGAAGGGUACCAUAGGAGAUACAGGAAACUCAGGACUUGACGGUAAACCAGGGGUUUCCGGAGAGGAUGGAUUUCCAGGUCGUCCUGCUCCUCCUGGACCCAGACCUAAACCAAGAGGUUACUUCAUUGCUCUGCACUCUCAGACAGCUAAGUACCCCAUGUGCCCGGAGGGAACCUCUCUAAUGUGGAACGGUUAUUCCCUACUUCACAUCUACGGCAAUGGUCAUGCCCAAGGGCAGGACUUAGGACAGCCGGGCAGUUGUCUGCAAAGGUUCUCAACCAUGCCCUACAUGUUCUGUAAUAUUAACGACGUGUGUGAUUACGCUAACAGGAACGACUACAGCUAUUGGUUGUCAAGUACUGAGCCUAUGCCAAUGAUGAUGACUCCAAUCCAAGGACCGCAGAUAGAGAAAUAUAUUUCUAAAUGUGCAGUCUGUGAGACUCCAACCAAGGUUCUGGCUCUUCACUCCCAAUCUAUGGAUGUUCCUGACUGCCCAGAGAACUGGGAUUAUUUAUGGGAAGGAUACAGUUUCCUCAUGCACACUGAUGCCGGAGCAGAUGGUUCCGGUCAGAGUUUAGGAUCUCCAGGUUCAUGUCUCAGAGAUUUCAGGUCCCGUCCGUUCAUCGAGUGCCAGGGUCAUGGUAGAUGCAACUACUAUACCACCUCCUACUCCUACUGGAUGGCAACUAUAGAGGAGACAAGAAUGUUCCAGAAACCUGUUCCUCAAACCUUGAAGGCGGGAGACCUUAGGUCUAGGAUAAGCAGAUGUGUUGUUUGUAUGAGAAAACCCCACUCUAGGAUGCUGCCACUAACCUCCAGAUCUCAACCUCAAGCCUUUGCUCGGCCUCCCCCUAAGCCUUAUAUCAGGCCUCCACCACAACCCUAUAGAUAUCAGGCUAACAGGGGUUAGAACAAUAUGAAUAAUAAAAUAUAUGGAAAUAAACAGUAAGACGAGAAAAAACGUUAGGCAACGUGAAUGAAUCGCAGAAGAGUAUGAAUUAUUCUCGAUCUGGAAGCAUAUGAUAAAUUUCAUAAAUCAAACCGAGAUUAGUAAAAUGUACAUACUUGUAUAAUACAUAUAUGAUUUGUUU